CAUGGAUACAAAAUGGCGGACAGAAUUUUAUUGAACGCGACCAAAGGAAAACCUAAAUCCCUCAGCAUUUGUAACAAGAACUUACGGAACGUUCCACCAAUAAUUGGAAAAAUAACUUCCCUUAAAACCGUAGACCUGAAAAACAAUACCUUAACGGACCUUCCAGAUGAAUUUUCUUCUCUCAAACAGGUGACAUCUUUACCAAGUCUUGCAUGUUUACGUUUAAAUUCAACUGAAUACGAUAAGCUAAAAGUACGCAAAAACAAAAAAACUCUUCAUUAUUGUAGCAAGAUAGAGGUAGAGAACUGAAUACCAAGCAUUGUUUGUAGCACCAUAGUCAACCUGAGUUAUAUGUAAGAAGAUUGAAGUUUAAGUUUUGAAUUCUUGUUCUGAAGUUACAUACUUACAACCGGUUUGUUUACGAUUCGUUUCCUUAGCUCGAAUCCUUAAACCUUGGGAACAACAAGUUAGAAGCUCUUCCAGAAGUCCUCUCUUUUUUAGCUGGCUUGCAGAGGCUACAUUUGUUUAAUAACAAGUUAAGAGAACUCAAUUCUGUUGUCCUCAGUAAGUACUCUAAAUACAAGCCGAUGAAUAAACCUGAACAUUUAAAACAACGUCAUAUUAAUUAUGUUUUUCGGAAUUAUACCAAUUAUUUCAUGGAAUCUUUUCAGGUGGGCUCCAAAAACUCACUUUUUUAAAUCUGAAUGGAAAUCAGCUGAAAACAUUGCCAAGUGAAAUAAACAGGUAUAAAAUUAAUUUGUUUCAUAUUCUCUUUUCUCAAUAAUUACUUCAGUCAAUAUUUUCCCUCAUCAACUACUAAUUGAUGAUCGAUUAAAUUUUAAACUUGGUGGCCAAACAAAUUCAACAGUGUUACCCGCAUUUGAGAACAAAAGUAGUUUUUUCAAGAUGUGCUUGAAGUCAAUGGUUGUUAGCAAUCAAAGUUCAUUCAAAAUCAUGCAGCAUUUUAUGACAUUGUGAUUGCCCCAUCAACUCCAAAGAUUUGAAAUUUCAAUUAUCCCAAUUAGCUGCUGCACAUUUUUCUUAAAAAUUAGUUGCCAGAGUUUGGUGGUGGAUCAAGGUAACUAUUUCUACCUGAUUAGUUUGAGAAUUCUCAUCACCACUUUUCUGGAUAAUGUAAUAAUCACAUCUGGGAGUUAAGGGGUUAAAUGGGCUCGUCAUGUUAAUUUCAACAAUGUUGAAGGAUUAUUUGCACCAACAUUUUGGAUUUGUUGUUGAUUUUAUUUAUUCGUUUCUUCAUUUGUUAUUAUUUUAUUUUAUUUUUUUCACAAAUCUCAGGUUGGUGUCGUUACAGUUUCUCAGUGUAGAUCACAAUGAGCUACUCAGUGUUCCUACAGAGAUUUGUCACUUGAUCAACCUCACAGAACUACAUCUUGCUGAUAAUCAGAUAUCAAGGUACAAUAUAUACCAUCUUUGUUUUUGGUUCUAAAGAAAUUAAUUCCUUUUUUUUCUACUUUGUUUUCUGUUAUUUAUCAUUGUAGGUGUCUCUCACAUGGGGAAAAUUGUGUAGGAUAACAAUUCCAAAAAGGCGUCUGUACUCACAGCCCACUUCAUAGAGUAGAUUUAUUAAUUGAGUGAGCUUUUUGUAAGCUGCAGUUUUCAAAUGAGCUCAUUGAUCACCAUGUGAAUCUAGGUCUAGUUAAGUCUAGUGAAUCUAGGUCUAAUGUAGUUCUCAUGUUUUCUCCAACUUAGUCUUCCAGAAGACAUGGCGUUUCUUAGGAAUCUUACAAAACUCUAUGUGUACAAAAACUUUAUUGAAGAGUUGCCAGAGGUUUGUUAAUUACUUGACUGACCAUUAGAAGUAAUGAUUUGUUAUAAAAUGUUAAUGUCUUACUACCAAGGACCCUUGUUGUACAGCAUGCUACAUUUAUUGUUUUGUUUAUUUGUACAAAACUAGCUGGUAGAAUUCUUGAAUUAUUUUCCAAAGUAAAAAUUUUGAUAGUCCAUAUACUUUUAAGUUAUUAAACAAACCAUCCCAAUUUUGUUUCAGUUUCAGCUGAGUAGGGUAUCUUAAGUUUAUUCAUUGAGCAUUUUUUUAGCUCUCAGUUGAUAUCACCCUUCUACUCUCAAGCCAGCUGUAGAACAUGUUUGUACUGUAGGUUACAUGAAAAAUGGUCAGCAUUUGUGUAUUUUGACAGGGUUUAUCAAAGUGUACCCAGCUCAGAGUACUGGAUGUGUCUGCCAAUAGACUUAGAAUAUUCCCAGCUGAGGUUUGAUAAAAGCUCUCCUUUUGUUUUGCCUAACCUGUGUACCAUAUGUAUGAGAACCUUUGAAUCUCUCUAUGAUUGAUCCAGAAAUGUCAUGCAGUCCUUCUAACCAAUUAGACCUAUUGUGACUAAUAGUCGCUCCUGUUUACACAUGCGUUGAGUUAUUUCCGGCUUCCUGUGGUCAAUAAUUUUCCUUGUUCUGUUUGGCCAUUGCCUUUUGCCCAUUGCCCAUCACCUUAGUAUUGGUUUAUGGGGUUAUGACAACUUAUUAAAAUACAGUCUAUCAGAUUUAUUUAAAGCAUUGAUCUUUUAUUUUGUGGAAUUUGACAUGAUGUCAAAAGCUACAAAAGUUGUUCACUGUUUUUAGUAAUUUUACUUCAUGCAUCUUAAUUGCACUGUCCAAAGCAAAUUGUUUUAUUUUACUAUUUUAGUUGGCGCAUCUUCCCCUUAAGGAACUUUAUUGUGAAGAAAACAAUCUUUUGCAACAUAUUCCCGUUCACUCUCAACAAGAAGAUGAAGUUUUGACACUGAAGGUGGAUAAAUUAAAUUUUAGAUUAAAUAUGUAGUAGUAAACUGUUCUUUUAGCCAGAAAAAGUUUAAAUCUGCCCGUCUUGUCGUUUGCAAACUAAAGAACGUAAUGAAUUGAAUUGACUCAUACUCAUACUUGCAUACUUGCCUUUUUUUAACGAAAAUUUUUUUUUCCAGGCUUAUUCCGAAAAAAACAAACAUUAAGAAAGCACGAUCAUUCUAACAUAUCAUUUGGUAAACACGGUAGAAAAAUUGAACGUGACCCUAACAUUGAUUGAUUUGUUACUUAAUAGGAGAUUACAGCUCGCUCAGUGUUGAAGGAUCUCAAAAAUGGGUAAGUCAAUCCACCUGUUGAUUUCGUUGGGAAAUAUUUAGGUCAAUGAUAUAGAUAGAUAAACAAAAAAAUAUUUAAUAUUUUUGACCUUGGAGGUAAAGAGGAAAAAGAUUUUCAAUUAUUUUCAAAAUGUGAAACAAAGAAUACAAAUCUGAGCUUUAGUAAUUGUACUAUCUAAUCAGCUUUAAGAACUCGCGCACGAUUCCUCGCUGGUCGGAGUUGAAAAAGCUUGAAUUCAGAUCAUCGUUGUUGCCUCCAUUUUUAAUUUUUUCCUCAAAGUCUCUGUUUCGUUCCAUUUUAUCGCAGGCGAUCGUUUGUAAAGCGUGCAAUACGCCAUUACCCAAAGGUACAGGAGAUGUUACAAUACGCCAGUGAAUGUGCAGUGUGUGGACAAUCUUUCCUUAAUACUUGGCUGGAGUGUGUACACUUUGUGGAUGCCCAUAAAGUACGUCACAAUAUUCUAUAAUUUUUCACCUUGAAUGUUAGUCGUUUGCACAGUUGUUGAAAGUGCGAAGUUAAUGAAACCGGCCCAAAAACACCGCGAGUCAAAACAAUAUUCCCCGUCCUUAUUUUCCGCUCUCUUUUUUCUGUUCCUCGUUUUUCUUUUGCAUUUACCGUUUCCCGUUUCCGUUUCCGUUUCCGUUUCCGUUCUCCGUUCCACACUUUAUGAACAUGCAUCCACUGUUGGGAGUUCAAGGCAUUAAAGAGUUAAUUUGAACGCGGAAAACUUGAAACACUUAGUCGAAUUCUUGUUUUUCCGUAUCAUCGAUUCUGCUCUUGUAUUUGUAGCUUAACAAUACACAUGAAAAAGUUACGUGCUUCUCAUUGGCUGAAAGCGAGCACAUUUUUCGUGUAACACGAUUGCAAAGUUGUUACACGUGUGCAAAUUGCAAGUAGCGUACAUGCUUUCAAAACUUCGUCUGUAUUUACUCUCUGUGAUGCUUUGGUCAUGUCAAUUGUUAAUAAGUGAUAACAUGUUUUAUGGUGCAAUUGGUGUAACUAAGCACUUGAAAUUUUUCAAAGACCACAAAUUGCACUCACCCUACGGACUCGUGAAAUUUUGUUGACUUUGAAAAUUUUUCUUCUGCUUAUUAACACCAAAUUGUACUCGAAAUCAUGUUACUACCUAUACUAAAUUUAAUUUUUGGCUCGAAAUAUAAAUUUCAUUGCAGGCUCGAAGAGUGAUAGAUUGAAAAAGCAAAACCAUUUCAAUUCAAAAGCCCAGUCAAUCACCCUUUAACCUCAUCAAAUAAGCUUGUCACGACUUCACGAACACUAUUUUAUUAAAGUUAGGUGGAAAUUCAAUUCUUUUCAAUUUGGAUUUCUGUGUUCUUUUCAGAUUCUACGAACAAGAACAAAGACAGGAAUCAUUCCAGUACGAGGACUGUUAUGUUCUUACAAAUGUUUCAAUUCCGAAGGACAUGAUUAUUAUGGGAUUGCUUAUGUUGACACUUGAGGAUACACUUGGAGACAUCAAAGGUCGUGUAACACGACGAUAUAUUUAUGAAUAUGACUUCCAAAAAGCAUCUGCCUCCCCCCCUGAGAAUAUCGGCGUUACAUUCUUCGAACGCUUCAAUAGAGAUUUGAUUUUGAGGGUUUUACGAAAAUUCGUCCUCAUCUUAACGUUAACUUAAAAGUAACACGUACGAAGAACAUUCCUUGCGUUUUCCCAUCCUUUCUCAAGGUGACCUUCUUUUACUUUAAUCAAACUAUUCAAUCAAACUAUUUUGAACGCCCGCCAUCCUCUUUCGCUCAGCUGAACCUUAGCAGAUUUAUUUCGCUUAAUCCCUGAUACCCCCUCCCCCAGCCCAAGAACAGAAUUUGUUCACUUGAUAUAAACAAAAAUCAAGAGGUAAAUCCUGUUCAAAUUUCCCUUCACCCUUCUUCCCCCCCCCUCCUUCCUUGUACAUCUCCCUUACAAGAGAAAUUUCAUUUUCAAAAACUCAAGGUGAGGGGCGAGAGUGGUAACAGACUAGGGAGGCUAAAAAACGUGCCUGGAUGGCCGAGAACAAGGAGCAGAGUGACUUCGAACAACAAUAUUAACCGUUCGAAUCCGUUGAAUUUAAUUAGCUCAGACCUUGUUUAUUAAAUCCUUUAUUAAACUAGGUUGUUCCGUCGUCAAGAUGUAUCACUUACGUUCGACACAAGCAGUUGUUGGAUGAGCAUCAGACAUUCGUACGCAACUUGCUUCUUUUUUAGAUAACGUUUUUGUUGGAAAAUUUUGCCCAACGGAUUGAAGAUUUCUAAUUUUUUUUUUUUUUUUUUGGGGGGGGGAUGUUUUCCGUUCGAAAUGACAGAAUCCUGUUGGGAGAUUUUUUUGCGAUUUUCUCUUCAAGAAAGAGAAUAUUGACAAGGAAGGGAACGUGCAAUUUACAAUUUUUAUUACUUGUUUAGUUGUACAGAGGUAAGCUACACGUAUGGUAAAUGGACAUUUUUGAUGGGUCUACACGCAAGUACAAUGCGCAAAAUCCACAAACAUUAAAAAACCGCAAAAUUUCAUGCUUUACAUGACAAAAUUUUGUCUCGGAGCUUUUUGAUUCUUGGUGGAAUCCUCGGAGUACAAUUUCUCUCCACCAAGUUUUCACACUUUUUUUGCACUAGUACGUCCAUUAAAGUGCUGUUCCAAAUACUGCAAAAGCUGCGUUUUUCGUAUUCUACAUCUGCGACUGAUACCUUUGGUUAAUAAAAAAGGCAACUUUACUAAGAUUAUUCUAUGGAAAGAGCGCACGAACGAUUUUUAUUUACGAGUUUCCAUGUUUUUAUUUCAUACACAAUGAGAUUUACAUUGUGAAGUACGAAGCGAACGACUGUGAAAAUAUAUCAUUCAUCCAAUUAGAGACACGAACGAUAAUACUUCACAGUGU